AGUUUAAUACCGAAAGUCCUAUUUUUGCAAAUUUCCAAGAGCAAAUAAUGCGAAUGCGAAGUGAAAUUUAGAGAGUGAGAGAGUGAGGGUUUGGAGUAACUGCAAGUUUCUGCCACGCGAGAAUGGAAGCACUACGAUUCUUGAGAAUCGGAAUAUCUACUCCGUCGCUUGCGCCGCCAUUGCCGCCGCCGCCAAACGGCAAGAAGCCCCAAAGGCUCCACGCCGUCACCGGCGGAGCUAGCAGUAGCAGUGUCCCCAACAGCUUCUCCGGCAGCAAAUGGGCCGAUCGCCUCCUCGCCGACUUCCAAUUCCUCCCAACCGCGGGAGCAUCUGAACCGCCGGACCGGCUUCCCUCUUACACGGCCACUCUCGCCCCGCCUCACCCCGUGCCUCCCGAGCGCCAUGUGUCCGUGCCCCUCGACUUUUACCGAAUUUUGGGCGCCGAAACGCACUUCCUCGGCGACGGCAUCAGACGAGCCUACGAAGCUAGGGUUUCGAAACCGCCUCAGUACGGGUACAGCCAAGACGUGUUGAUUAGCCGCAGGCAGAUUCUUCAAGCCGCCUGUGAAACGCUGGCAAACCCUAGUUUUAGAAGAGAGUACAACCAAGGCCUCGCUGAAGAUGAGUUCGAUACUAUCCUCAGUCAAGUCCCUUGGGAAAAGGUUCCUGGGGCUUUGUGCGUCUUACAAGAAGCGGGAGAGACUGAGGUGGUGCUUCAAAUUGGUGAGAGUUUGUUGCAAGAGAGGUUGCCCAAGUCAUUUAAGCAAGAUGUUGUCUUGGCUAUGGUGCUUGCUUAUGUUGAUGUAUCAAGGGAUGUUAUGGCACUUUCCCCACCAGAUUUUAUUAAAGGCUGUGAAGUGCUCGAGAGAGCAUUGAAGUUGUUGCAGGAGGAAGGUGCAAGUAGCCUUGCACCAGAUCUACAAGCACAGAUUGACGAGACAUUGGAAGAGAUCACUCCACGCUGUGUUCUGGAGCUUCUAGCUUUACCACUUACAGAUGAUUGCAGAACAAAAAGGGGAGAGGGUCUUCAAGGUGUCCGUAACAUUUUGUGGGCUGUUGGUGGAGGUGGUGCAGCUGCCAUUGCUGGGGGAUUUACCCGUGAGGAUUUCAUGAACGAGGCCUUCUUAUGUAUGACAGCGGCAGAGCAGGUUGACCUUUUUGCUGCCACUCCAAGUAACAUACCUGCAGAAAGUUUUGAAGUUUAUGGUGUGGCACUUGCACUUGUUGCUCAAGCCUUUGUGAGUAAGAAACCGCAUCUCAUUCGGGAUGCUGACAACUUGUUUCAGCAACUUCAACAGACCAAGGUAACAGCUCUAGCAAAUCCACUGCAUGUCAAUUCUGCUACUGCUAGAGAAAGCCGUGAGAUGGACUUUGCAUUGGAGAGAGGUCUCUGUUCGCUGCUUUUGGGAGAGCUUGAUGAUUGUCGCUCAUGGUUGGGUUUAGAUAGUGACAACUCACCCUAUAGAGUUCCCUCUAUUAUUAACUUUGUCAUGGAACAUUCCAAGGAUGAAAAAGACAAUGAUUUCCUUCCUGGACUUUGUAAAUUGUUGGAGACAUGGUUGCUGGAGGUGGUCUUCCCCAGGUUUAGAGAUACCAAAGAUAUAACAUUCAAGCUUGGUGAUUAUUAUGAUGAUCCAACAGUACUGAGAUACUUGGAAAGGCUAGAGGGAGUUGGGGGGUCACCAUUAGCUGCAGCAGCUGCCAUAGUAAAAAUUGGGGCUGAGGCUACUGCUGUCCUUGACAGUGUGAAGGUUAGUGCAAUGCAGGCGUUGCAGAAGGUGUUUCCUCUUGGGCAAAGAGAUGGGAAUAUUAAGAGUCAAGAAGACAGUGAAAACAGUUCUCUUAAUGCCUUAGAACGUGAGGAAACUGGAUUACGACAGGAGCAAGAUGAUUUGGCCAGCAUAAUUAAUAUUCCUGACAAUUUUAACUCUGAUGAGAUUCCUGAGGAAGAAGCAAUCACUGACAAAAUAAAAGAUGCAAGUGUUAAGAUUAUGUGUGCUGGAGUUGUAGUUGGACUGAUGACCUUGGCUGGCUUAAAAUAUUUAGCAUUUCGGAAUCACCCUUCAAUUAUGCGUAAAGAAGCUGGUUCAGCCAUGGCUUCUGAUGUUAUCAAUGUAGGGUCCUCUGUAGUUGAAAAUUCUGAGGAAGUGCCUAGAAUGGAUGCGAAGUUUGCAGAAGACUUGGUUCGCAAGUGGCAGAACAUUAAAUCUCAGGCUCUAGGACCUGAUCAUUACCUUGAAAAGUUGUCCGAGGUUUUGGAUGGUCAUAUGCUGAACAUUUGGAACGAACGCGCAGCAGAAAUCUCUCAACACGGUUGGUUCUGGGACUAUGUUCUCUUGAACUUGACCAUAGAUAGCGUGACAGUGUCAGUAGAUGGGCGACGGGCACUUGUGGAAGCGACUCUUGAAGAGUCUGCUAGCCUAACUGAUGUGUCCCAUCCAGAGCAUAAUGACUCAUACAGCUCAACUUACACGACAAGGUAUGAGAUGUCAUUUACGAAGUCAGGAUGGAAGAUCACAGAAGGAGCCGUCCUCAAAUCAUAAUCACGUGAUCUUCAGAAUAUUCACCAUGUUUCCCAUUGGUCAUUUCCCAACCUCUUGAUGGGUCAGGUCCAAAAAGUUUGUCAAUGACCAGUCGUGGAGAUAUGUCAUCAGACAGAAAGUGAUCAUCAGAAUAGUCGAGAAGCUCAAUAUCAUGUCUGUUGGAAUUGUGGACAUCAUAUUGGCUAGAAUGAUGAGACAUGACUGAAGUAAUAUCUGAACGAAGAGGAUCUACCAUAUCUGAUGAUACUGACGCUGGAUAUUCAUCUAACCAUGCAUUUGUGAUACCAUGUCUCAGAAGCUGGUUGGGCUCCACCUUGGAAAGAGGGAAAGGAACAAGAAUAAUACUCGUUAACAUUUGCUGGAAAUUAGAAUUUGACACUGGCUCUUGAUUAAAAAGAUAGUAACCAGCAUACCAUUGACCCUGGAGUUUGACAAUCACUAGCUGAUCGCAUCAAAUCCUCGAUACGAGAUUGAGCAUGAUCACGUUGUGUCUUUAGUUCUUUGAUCUCU